GUUUGACAUCACCAUAUGAAAACUUUAUUUGUGUCACUCUUUAAUCUGCGUCAAAUUGGUCAAACAGCAGGGAACACAACAGGAGAAACUCAGAACGACUGGAAGAAAGGCUGUGGAACAAGACUCUCACAAUGGUAUUCUGACCGACAGUUGUUUGAAGCAAAGUUUGAUGAGCUGCUGACAGAGAUUACAGAGAGAGACCUCACAGAUCCUGUUCUGGCUGAUGCUUAUAAACGGUUGAGAGAGAUUUUGGUCUACAACGUUCCUGGAGGCAAGAAGAACAGAGGACUGUCAGUGAUUGGCUCUCUGAGGGAGCUUCUUCCACCCUCUCAGCUCACCCAGGACACAGUGCAGAGAGCCCUGAUAGUUGGCUGGUGCAUCGAAAUGGUUCAGGGAUUUUUCCUAAUGGGUGAUGACAUCAUGGACGGAUCCGUGACUCGAAGAGGACAGCUCUGCUGGUACAAGAAGGAUGGAAUAGGUAUGGAUGCCAUCAAUGAUAUAUUUCUUCUCGAAGCGUCGGUCUACAGACUUCUUCGCCGACACUGCAGGACUCAACCCUACUAUGUGCACCUGCUGGAGCUUUUUAAUGAGAUUACAUUCCUGUCAGAACUCGGUCAAGCUCUGGACCUCAUGACUGCUCCCUCACCGGACCAGACUGAUCUCAGCCUAUUCUCAAUGCAAAAAUACAAAGCUAUUGUAAAGUAUAAGACAGCCUUUUAUUCGUUUUACCAACCGGUGGCAGCAGCUAUGUACAUGGCGGGAAUUUACAGCGAGGAGGAACACAACAACGCCAAACAAAUCUUACUGGACAUGGGAGAGUUCUUCCAAAUACAAGAUGACUACUUGGACUGUUACGGUGAUCCGGCUGUGACGGGAAAGAUCGGGACGGACAUCCAGGACAACAAAUGCAGCUGGUUGGUGGUGAAAGCCCUGCAAGUGAUGACUCCUGAGCAGAGAUCAGAGCUUGAGGCUUUCUACGGGCGCAAGGAUGAAGCAAGCGUGGCAAAGGUCAAAGAGCUGUACGACGCCCUGCAAAUGCCGACGCUGUAUCACACGUAUGAAGAGGAGAGCUACCAGCGGCUGCAGAGACUCAUCGCUCAGCACGCUCAGAAUCUUCCCCACUCCAUCUUCCUCAAUUUUGCAAAGAAAAUCUACAAGAGGAAUAAAUAAAGGGGUCAAUAUUGGCAGUUGGAAACUGUGAAAAACAGUUUUGUCAAAAUCCAAAAAAAUCUUUGUUUUCAAUAAGAAUUAUGUUUGAA